CUCUAAUCCGAAGCUAGAGGCUCUCAUACUCAGUUUCACUGCAAGCAGAAAAGAUAAGACGAAACGAUAUGUCUGUGUCAGCGAUCUUUGGCACCGGAAUCGCCACCGUCGCUUCAUCCCCGGCUCUCCGUCAGUUUCAAGUUCCGAAACUGGGAAACGGAGGAGGAGUCGGAGGAGGAAUGGGGAUGGUGAUAGAGUGUUCGUCGAGGCCGCAGAAGAAAUCGACGGCUCAUCACAGGAAGACGAGGCCGAAGAAGACGCAGCCUUGGGACAUUAAGAGGAAGCCCACCGUUUACGCUCCUCUCCCUCCUCUCCCUCCGGAU